GCAUUUUCCUCAGUUUUUUUUUUAAACAGCAAGCAAAAACACACCGUAAACACACGUUGAGUGUUUGAAGAUGGCGGAUCCCAACGAGCAGGCGCUGCUGCAGAUCGCCCAGCAGAUCGAGCGCGCUGUCGACGAUGAACUGGAUCGCGUUGAUCACUUGGACGACGACGAGCUUUUCGCAAUUCGUCAAAAGCGCUUGAAACAAUUGAAGGAAGUUCAAGCGCGUAGAGAUGAGUGGCUGAAAAAAGGCCAUGGUCAGUACCUCGAAGUAACGGAUCCGAAAAUGUUUUUUGACAACGUGCAAGACUCUGAGCGAGUGGUGGUUCACUUCAUGCGUAGGAGUACACCUCGGUGCGAAAUCAUCGAACGCCACCUACGCACCAUCGCGAGUGAACAAUUUGAGACGCGCUUUUGCUACGUGGAUGUGGAGCGCGUUCCUUCUCUUCCCGAGAGGUUUAAUGUGAUGAUGCUUCCAACUCUUAUGCUUGUUGAGAAGCAAAACACUUUUCACAGCAUCAUAGGAUUUGAUGAGUUUGGAGGCACCGACGAGUUUCCUACGAGUACAGUGAAGCAAGUCUUGAGUUACUAUGGCAUGAUCAACGAAAAAGGCAUGUUUGCCGCUGACCAGAACGAUGACUGA